AUGGAUCCGCGAAGACCUGGCGCAGGCCGAACACCCUCUCCAGGGCAGCCUCUACGGGGCUACCAGCUCGAGGAUAGAUAUCAAUCACCAGCACCGCUGGAGAUCCCUAUGGGGCCCAACCCUGCAGCAGCAUCUGGAGACAGGUUACCGUUGCAGCCAAGUUAUUCUGUAGAGAACAUUCCUUAUGGCUCUGGGAACUACCAAGACGAGUACGACCCCCGUCCGCGCCCCCACCACAACGACAGCGACUAUUCCCUCGAUCCGCAAGCGCAUCACGAUGCAUACUACACUCAGCCAUACGAUCCUUCUCCGCAUGAAGAGAGCCCUCCUCAUGGCUAUGGCACACAACCAGAACACUACUGGCAGGACGAAGAGGAUAGAAGGCCGAUGAUUCAUGAAUCGAAUGCUUAUGGGCCAGACCCUCACGAGGGGUUCGAUCAGGAUGAGAUGGAUCCAGAGGACCCGUUCCACGAUGACGAAGAGCACACACCAGAGCCGGUUGCCGUAAAGCGAUGGAAAACAGUCAAGGAGGUUCAGUUGUUCAAGGGCAACUUGGUGCUGGAUUGUCCAAUUCCACCACGACUGCUGAAUCAGGUUCCACAUGCGCAGCCUCCGGAGCGUGACGAGUUUACGCAUAUGCGAUACUCGGCGGCCACAUGCGAUCCCUCGGACUUUGACGCGGAACGCUUCACCCUGCGCCAGAAGCUGUUCGCGAAGCCCAGGCAUACCGAACUUUUCAUCGUCGUCACGAUGUACAACGAGGAAGACGAAUUGUUUGCGCGAACCAUGACCGGUGUGAUCAAGAACAUCGAAUACAUGAAUUCACGGACAAACAGCAAGACAUGGGGCAAGGACGCAUGGAAAAAGAUUGUAGUGUGCGUCGUUAGCGAUGGACGUGCGAAGAUCAAUCCACGCACAAGAGCCGUUCUAGCGGGUCUUGGUGUCUAUCAGGAUGGCAUAGCCAAGCAGCAAGUCAACGGUAAGGACGUGACUGCGCAUAUUUACGAAUACACCACCCAGAUGACUCUCGACAUCAAAAAGGGCGUUGUUGGCGUCAAGAAGGGUACAACUCCGGUUCAGAUGCUCUUCUGUUUGAAGGAAAAGAACCAAAAGAAGAUCAAUUCGCAUAGAUGGUUCUUCCAGGCGUUUGGAUCUGUUCUGGAUCCAAAUAUUUGUGUUUUGAUCGAUGCUGGAACGAAACCCGGCAAAGACUCCAUCUACCACCUUUGGAAGGCCUUCGAUCUGGAGCCCAUGUGCGCAGGCGCUUGCGGAGAGAUUAAGGCUAUGUUGGUGCACGGGAAAAAGCUAUUGAACCCGCUGGUGGCAACGCAGAACUUCGAGUACAAGAUGAGCAACAUUCUGGACAAGCCCUUGGAAUCAGCUUUCGGGUUCAUCAGCGUUCUUCCAGGUGCUUUCUCCGCAUACCGCUAUGUCGCGCUCCAGAACGACAAGAAUGGACAGGGACCGCUGGAGAAGUACUUCGCCGGAGAGAAGAUGCACGGCGCGAAUGCUGGUAUCUUCGAAGCAAACAUGUACCUUGCCGAAGAUCGUAUUCUCUGCUUCGAGCUCGUGUCCAAAAGGAACUGCCACUGGAUCCUGCAAUAUGUUAAGUCCUCGAACGGAGAGACUGACGUGCCCACAACCAUGGCGGAAUUUAUUGGUCAGCGACGACGAUGGCUGAACGGAUCUUUCUUUGCCGCUGUGUAUGCCUUGGCCCACUCUUUCGAUAUCUUCCGAAGCGAUCACUCCGCCAUCCGCAAGAUGAUGUUCCUUGUUGAAUUCUUCUAUCAAACCAUCAGCAUGAUCUUCGCUUGGUUCGCGCUUGGCAAUUUCUUCCUGGUCUUCCGCAUCCUCACGGCAUCUCUGGCUACUGAACUUGGCACAGCUGGAAAGGUCCUCUUUAUCGUCUUUGAAUGGCUCUACAUCGGUGUCUUGAUAACGUGUUUCAUCCUGUCGCUUGGUAAUCGUCCCCAAGGCGCCAACAAGUGGUAUAUGUCCAUGGUCAUCUUUUGGUCCAUCAUCAUGGCCUACCUCAUGUUCGCAUCGGUCUUUAUCACAGUCCGAUCAGUGCAGCAACAGGUCAAGGACAACAACGGUUUCAAUUUCGCCGAUCUCUUCAAGGAUCAGAUCUUUUUCACCAUCAUAGUGUCGCUGUGCUCGACAUACCUCAUGUGGUUUGUAGUAUCGAUUCUCUUCUUGGAUCCCUGGCAUAUGUUUACGUCGUUCUUCCAAUACCUUCUGAUGACGCCGACGUACAUCAACAUUCUCAACGUCUACGCGUUCUGCAACACGCACGACAUUACUUGGGGAACAAAGGGUGACGACAAGGCUGUGAAACUUCCAUCAGUUACUACCAAAGCAGAUGGAAAGGCAGACAUUCAGGCUCCGACCGACGACGCCGAUCUGAAUACCCAAUACGAGACCGAGCUCCGUGUCUUCAGCACUAAAUGGAAAGAGGAAGAAAAGGUUGUGACGGCCCAGGACAAACAGGAAGAUUACUAUGCAGGCUUCCGAUCAAGUGUCGUGCUCUUUUGGAUGUUCUGUAAUCUGGGUCUCACUGCCUUGGUGUUGCAGUCUGGCGGUCUCGAACUCACUGUGAGCGACCCAGACGAGGCGCAGUUGAAACAGACGCAAGUUUCCACAAUCUACUUGGCCGUUGUAUUGUGGAGUGUAGCAGGCCUGGCAGGCUUCAGAUUCAUAGGAGCCAUGUGGUUUUUGGUAGUGCGCUUGUUCCGAGGUGUGUAA